AUGUAUUCGAUGUACUUUCUCAACACAGGAUUAACUUUAACUUCGGACAUGGACGGGAGCCCAGAACCGAGUGCUUUUUCACAUGACAUUUCUGAUGCGAAUGGCGAGGAGCAGUUACGCAACAUUAUGGGUGAUCUGUCCUUGACUCCCAAGUCAGAGAUAAACCGUCCGGUACCAGCUUCAUCGGGGGAAGAGGACGAUGACGGUGAAGAUCUCGUGGGGGACGAGAUCGAAAUGGAUGAAGGAAGUGAACACUCUACUGGAUUCACUCCCACCAUUAAUGGAAACGAUAGACCUCUGAGGAGGAUCUUCACCUCGGGCGUUUUGGGCAACAUGUUAGCCGAUAGAAUCGGGCCAGGACGGCCGAACCGCCGUUAG